AUGCUGCAGUUGUGCACAGUUACUGACUGUCUGCUAAUCAGUAAUGCACAGUCAGCCUGUAAUGAUGCUGUAAUCCAGAAGGAGGCGGUCAUUCUCUGUAUCAAUGUGUCCAAGCAGCAACCCUUUCCAUCUAUGCAGGUCAGCACUUUGCGUGUGCCUGUCUAUGAUGAUUCUAAUGAAGACCUGUACAAAUAUUUUGACCGCUGUGCUGAUGCCGUAGCAAGUGAGACAGAGUGGGGAGGCCGCACAGUUGUGUACUGCAAGAAUGGACACAGUCGCUCAGCUACAGUCUGUGUGGCCUAUUUGAUGAAACAGCAGGGUCUCUCCCUAGCAGAUGCCUUCCAGGUAGUUAAAACUGCCCGGUCAGUAGUGGAACCUAAUCCAGGAUUUUGGACUCAACUGCAGAGAUACGAACAGAAGCUGAAGAUCAGCAGGGAGGAGACUUAUAUUGCUUCAGAAGAUACAGAUUUAACCACUGGAGACAUUUAUGCUGCCUUUAUUUGCUUUUUGGAGCUUCAAAGUUCUGGCCGACAUUCACUUGCAUUGUAUGGACCUACAGAGAUGAAAUAUUCUUCUAAAAAUCUUCUUUUAGAUGGAAUAAGGGUGAGUAAAUGAUGAGAGAAUUUAAAUGUUUUGGCUGAACCAUUCCUUUAAGACAAAUCCCUUGUAUGUGUGGUGGGCGUUCUGGCACACUAUGGCUGCCGUUGCAUCAUCCAGGUGGAUGCUGCACACUGGUGGUGGUACAGGAGAUUACCCCUAUACUAUGUAAAGCGCUUUAAGUGCCUAGAAAAGCGCUAUAUAAAUGUAAGGAAUUAUUAUUAUUGUACUCUGUGUAUU